AUGCUCCCCAAACCCCUCCUCCUAUCCUUCUCAACCCUCCUCCUCCCUCUCCUGACCCGUGCCGACGAACCCCAAAACUACGACGGCUCAACCUCUCUCUCGACCCCAGCCUACCUCUUCCCCGGCACCGGCUCCACAAUCCCGAUCCUCAACCUCGGCGCCGCGGCCGUAGCCUCGUGCGACAUCGGCCAGAAAUCAUGCGACAACGGCUGCAUCCCCGUCACCGGAACAUGCUGCGGCACAGGAUCCGGCGGGUACUGCGAGAUAGGGAAAUACUGCACGUCAGGCGGGUGCUGCCAGAACGGCAAGACGUGCUCUGGUCCGCCACAAGGGUGUAGUUCGGGAAAGGUGCUUUGCAAUGGGCUUUGUAUCCCCUCCGGCACGACGUACUACUGUCCUACCGGGGAGACGUGCGCGGGUGACAAGAAGUGUAAUAAGGGAGGCGGCGGUGGCGGUGGAGGGACUUCGUGCGGAGCUGGCGAGACGCUCUGUGGGACUGGGUGUAUGCCUACGGGACAGACUUGCUGCCAGACGUAUUACUGCCCUGCUGGAAACACUUGUGUGGGCGAUAAACGGUGUAACAGCGGAGGAGGUGGCGGGGGAGGAAGUCAGUGUGCGGCUGGUCAGACUCCUUGCGGAUCGGAUUGUAUGCCAUCCGGUCAAGUAUGCUGCGAUACAUACUUCUGCGACGCCGGCGAGAAGUGUCUUGGGAACAAGAAGUGCGACAAGGGCGGCGGAUCUGGCGGCGGAAGUCAGUGUUCGGCGGAGGAGACUCCUUGCGGUACGGGGUGCAUGCCGGCCGGUCAAGUCUGCUGCAAUACCUACUACUGCGAUGCCGGAGAGACGUGUGCGGGAAAUAAGAAGUGUAAUAAGGGUAGCAGUGGCGGCGGCGGAGGGGGAGGGGGAGGAGGAGGAAGUCAGUGUGCGGCCGGCCAGACACCCUGCGGCACCGGAUGUAUGCCAGCCGGUCAAGUCUGCUGCGAAACAUACUUCUGCAAUGCCGGCCUGACUUGUGUCGGGGACAAAAAGUGUCGGAACCCCAAUGGUGGAGGCGGCGGCGGCGGCGGAGGUGGUGGUGAUGAUACAAGCGCGACAUCUAGUCUACUCGCGACGAUACCUGGGGGUGAAGCGGGGACUACGUCUCUGAGAGACUUUCCACAGCCCACGCAGACACUUGGUGGCGGCGAUGAUGAGCCAACAUCUUCGUCGUCAAGAUCUUCGUCAUCGACAACAAGGACAACGACAACGAGCGCAGCGCCGACAUCAACAUCUGCCCAACAAGGUGCCGCGUUUUUGGGACGUAAUCUCGACGGCUCCGUCUUGGUCGCGGGCCUCCUCGUUGCAGCGCCCCUAAUUAUCUGA